AUGGCAGAGAUCGUCUGCUGCGUCAAGGAGAUCCAAGAAGAGGACGUAGAGAAGAUCCGAUUGCCGACCCGACCCGAAUUAGACCUCCACGAUCACGAAGAUCCAACGGAUAACGAAGACGAUGGGUGCAAGACUCCAACAUCGUCCGAUCAUAGGAUUCCGGCGGCGAAGUAUACGUUAUGCCCACCUGCGCCGAGAAAACCGGAACCAAACCGGUCUACUGGAACGAAGCGGAAAUCGACGCCGGUUAAUAUUGUUAACCGUAUACCAAUUGACCUGAGCCGUGAGAUCGAGAUGUUCUUCGAGGAUUUGGACCGUAGGAUCAAGAAGUCACGGAAACAAUAA